AUGGCAGCAGCUCCAGGUGGUUCUGGACUCCCCAAGUUGCAGUUCGCCCCCUUUAGCAGUGCCUUAGAUGUGGGAUUCUGGCACGAGCUGACACAGAAGAAGCUGAAUGAGUAUCGUCUGGAUGAAGCUCCCAAGGACAUUAAGGGCUAUUAUUACAAUGGUGAUUGUGCCGGCCUGCCAGCUCGUUUAACAUUGGAGUACAGUGCAUUUGACACGAAUGCUCCUACCCCAGCCCAUUGCUGUCCAGCUGUUGGAACACUGUAUAACACAAAUACGCUUGAGUCCUUCAAGACUGCAGACAAGAAACAACUUUUGGACCAAGCAGCAAAUGAGAUAUGGGAAUCAAUAACAUCAGGCACUGCUCUUGAAAGCCCUGUACUUCUCAACAAGUUCCUCCUCCUGACAUUCGCAGAUCUAAAGAAAUACCAUUUCUACUAUUGGUUUUGCUACCCUGCACUCUGCCUGCCAGAGAGUAUACCUCUGAUCCAGGAGCCAGUGGGUUUGCAUCAAAGAUUUUCACCAGAACAGAUUCAAGCCCUUGAGUGUGCAUAUGACGAUCUGUGUCACAGAGAAGGAGUCACUGCUCUACCGUACUUCUUAAUCAAGUAUGAGGAGAGCACAGUGCUGGUCUCUCAGCUUAAACACUGCAGGGAUUUUCUUCAAGGUCAAAGGAGAAAGAUAACAGUCGGUGUCUAUGACCCCUGUAACUUAGCCCAGUACCCUGGAUGGCCUUUGAGGAAUUUUUUGGUCCUAGCAGCUCACAGAUGGAGUAGCCGUUUCCAGUCAGUAGAGGUGCUUUGCUUCCGGGACCGAACCAUGCAGGGGGUGCGAGACAUCACACACAGCAUCAUCUUUGAAGUGAAGCUUCCAGAAGUGGCAUUUAGCCCAGAUUGUCCCAAAGCAGUCGGGUGGGAAAAGAACCAGAAAGGAGGCCUGGGCCCGAGGAUGGUGAACCUCAGUGAGUGCAUGGACCCCAAAAGGUUAGCUGAGUCAUCAGUGGACCUAAAUCUCAAGUUGAUGUGUUGGAGAUUGGUCCCUACUUUGGAUUUGGACAAGGUCGUGUCUGCCAAGUGUUUGCUGCUUGGAGCCGGCACGUUGGGUUGUAAUGUCGCUAGGACACUCAUGGGUUGGGGUGUCAGACACAUCACGUUUGUGGACAACGCCAAGGUUUCCUACUCCAAUCCUGUGAGGCAGCCUCUUUAUGAAUUUGAAGAUUGCCUAGCAGGUGGGAAGGCCAAGGCCCUGGCUGCUGCAGACCAGCUCCAAAAAAUAUUCCCUGGAGUGAAUGCCAGAGGGUUCAACAUGAGCAUCCCCAUGCCCGGACAUCCAGUGAACUUCUCCACCAUCACCAUGGAGCAAGCCCGCAAAGAUGUGGAACAACUGGAGCAACUCAUUGAAAACCAUGAUGUCAUUUUCCUGUUGAUGGACACCAGGGAGAGCCGGUGGCUUCCUGCUGUCAUUGCUGCGAGCAAGAGAAAGCUAGUCAUCAAUGCAGCCUUGGGGUUUGACACAUUCGUGGUCAUGAGGCAUGGCCUGAAGAAGCCAAAGCAGCAGGAGGCUGGGGACUUAUGUCCCAGCCAACCAGUGGUGUCCACUGACUUCCUUGGCUCAUCUCUUUUUGCCAAUAUCCCUGGCUACAAACUUGGCUGCUAUUUCUGCAAUGAUGUGGUGGCCCCUGGAGAUUCAACCAGAGACCGGACAUUGGACCAGCAAUGCACUGUCAGCCGCCCAGGGCUGGCCAUGAUUGCGGGAGCCCUGGCCGUGGAAUUGAUGGUUUCUGUUCUGCAGCAUCCAGAAGGGGGCUACGCCAUUGCCAGCAGCAGUGAUGACCGCAUGAAUGAGCCUCCCACUUCUCUUGGGCUUGUUCCUCACCAGAUCCGAGGUUUUCUGUCACGAUUUGAUAAUGUCCUUCCUGUCAGCCUGGCAUUUGACAAAUGUACAGCUUGUUCUUCCAAAGUUCUUGAUCAAUAUGAACGAGAAGGAUUUAGUUUUCUUGCAAAAGUGUUUAAUUCUUCACAUUCCUUCUUAGAAGACUUGACUGGUCUUACAUUGCUUCAUCAAGAGACCCAGGCUGCUGAGGUGCGAUUUUCUAUCUAA